AUGUCGGGAGUGUCGUCGCCGCCAGCUAUGAUGUCUGAGCGUGCUCAAGAAAUGCUUAGGCAGUUGAACGCUUUCGUAGAUGAGGUGGUGAAACCAGGAGAACUACUCUACAAAGAACAGCAUUCGAAGAGCAGCAAUCGUUGGACGUGCCCUCCUGUAAUGGAGGAUAUGAAGGCAGAGGCGAAAAGGAGGGGUUUAUGGAAUUUGUUCAUUCCUAGAAAGCUCGAGGAAAGCACGUGUCCUGGAUUGUCGACGUUCGAGUAUGCCCAUCUAUGUGAGGUGAUGGGUAAGUACCUCCUCACCGCGGAGGCUACCAAUUGUAGUGCUCCUGAUACUGGCAAUAUGGAGGUGCUGCUUUUGGCCGCCAAUGCCGAGCAGAAAGAGCGUUGGCUCAGGCCGCUCCUGGAUGGACAGAUUCGUAGCACGUUCCUCAUGACUGAGCCGAACGUCGCCAGCUCUGAUGCUAGUAACAUAUCCAUCGACAUCGCCACGGAAGGGGAGUAUUAUGUUAUUAAUGGCACUAAGUGGUGGUCUAGUGGUGCCGUUGAUGAGCGUUGCAAAGUGGGUAUCCUACUAGGCAAGGUCGACUCGGGAAAAGGGAAGUCUCUCCACCAGCAACAGUCGAUGCUCGUGGUACCCAUGGACGCUCCGGGUAUCCGAGUGAUUCGACCCCUCACUGUGUUUGGCUAUGAUGACGCUCCUCACGGUCACGCACUGGUGGAAUUCAACCAAGUCAGACUCAAAAAGAAAGACUCUCUGCUCGCCAUUGAGGGAGAUGGAUUCAAAAUUGCUCAGGCACGGCUAGGACCAGGUCGUAUUCAUCAUUGCAUGAGAGCUAUUGGGAUGGCCGAACGAGCUCUGGAGAUAGCCGUGGACCGAGCCCAUAAACGGAAGGCGUUUGGGAAGCUAAUAGCCCACCACGGGGGAGUCAUGACAGAAGUCGCUGAGUGCCGGAUUGAAAUCGAGGCUGCUAGAGCACUUGUGUUGAGGGCAGCGGCAGAGAUUGAUGCAGUUGGUGUGAGAGGAGCUCUAUCGAAGAUAGCAGCCAUCAAAGUGGUGGCCCCCAGGAUGGCAUGCAGAGUUAUCGACCGCUGCAUCCAAGUAUGUGGUGGCGCUGGCGUCAGCGGAGAUCUCGACUUGGCCUACCUCUACGCCUUGGCCCGUCCCUUGAGGAUCGCUGAUGGGCCGGACGCAGUACAUCUCGCUACAAUUGCCAAGCAGGAGUAUCGGAAAUAUGCUAAAAAAAUUGAUGGACAUGAUCAUACAGUCGCCAGCAGUCGUUUGUGA